GUUUGAUUUCUGCUGGGCAGAUACAACUUAAUAGACUACUUUGUCAAGGACUGAUGUCAAUCCUUUACUCAACAGCGUGACAGUGAACUUCCUUGAGCUUGGAGAACCAGCCAUUACUGGAUUCUAGUGGACUGCACUUGUUCAAUUUUAGUAAAACACUUUAAACGGGCUUGUCACUUUAAGACAGAAUCUACAUUUGUCAGCCAAAAUGUGGACUGGCUCUAGCUUUGAAUGGGCAAGUAUACAAAGGCGUCGAAAUAAUGAGCAAGAAAGAAAAGAGAGGAUUUUUAAUGAUAAAGUGAGAACCAUCGGUGUUGACAAGGUAGGCCUUGACAAGCAGGUUGAUGACCACAAGAAGAAAAAGGAUGCAGAAGAACUGGAGCAGAGCUCUUUUGAGGCCCAAUUUCUACAUAAUAGCAAGCAAGCGUACCUUCUCCAUGUCAAAGAAACAAAGGAGAAACGUGCACAGGAGAAGACCAAUUUUCAGGAACAAUAUCAGCAUGUAAUCCAGGAGAGGUUGAACCGGGAUGACUCUGAAAAACCACUUGAACACAUGAUGCCCCCUGGAAUGGCAGGUGAGGACCCGGGAAGUGAAAGCCGAAUACAGAGGCAAAAAGAACAACUAAGGGAGUGGCUUCUCCAGCAACAGACAGAGCAAGCCGAGGAGAAAGAAAGACAGAGGAUGGAUAAAUUGAAUUACGACAAAUUCAGAGUUCAUAUUGACAAAGUAGCAAUGCAACUGGAAAACAUUGAGAUGGAGAAAAGGAAACAAAAUGCUGUGGAGAUGAACGAAUUCAAUCAGGCCAUGGCCAUAGAGAAGGAACGUCAUGAACGGGAACUGAAGGAUGACCCCAGAGAGAUAAAGCCGAGUCAGGUAGGGGUACCUGGAAUUUUUCACAGCUAUGAUAGAAGGCCACGUCCCGAGAGCUAUCAACAAAUGCAAAAAUUCUGGAAUCUUCAAGUAGAAGAGAAAAUGAUGACAAAGUUAGAGGGGAUCAAAGAAAAGAAACAAUAUGCUCGUUGGUGCUCCAACGCGGCCCGCGCGGCAAUGAUUAUACAGAGACAGCAGGAACGACAGAAGAAGGAGCUGCGGCAAGAGCUGGACUACGACAACAGCACUACAGCCGAAUAUGACAGACGCAACAGACCGGACAUUAAAAGAGGACGCAUUGAUGAAAGCUUCUUUGCCAAAUUCAAUACCUGCAGUCGUUGAAACGCCGCUCACGAAUGAAGACAAUGGAAAUAUCAUUGUUACUAUUAUAUACAAUAUAAUCAACAAGCAUAA